GAUAGAUACUAGUAAUUUACGGGUAUUAUACCAUAUUAAAAAAGGCACAACAACUUAAGCGGUAAUUGAAAUGUUUAACUAGCAACACUACAACUGUCACUGUCACACAUCAAUGUCAUAAUAUUUUUUGUUGAUCGCGCUCUCGUCAGUCUAAUUUGGUUGAAAAUAAAUAAGAAGACCUUAUUUAUUUUAAUUAUACGAAGUUUAAAACAAAAAUAGACUAUCAAAGUGUAUAUUAGUGAUGUAAAAGUUCGUUACAACGGAAAUAUCAGUUAGUUAGUAGCGGUAUUCAAGUCAUCAGCAUGGAUGACCCCGGCACGGAGGCGUUGCGGAAGCUAGCUCCUCAAUGGAGUCUGGCUGGAGAUGAGCAGCUCUUAACUAUACUACAGAAUACACAUCAGAGGCUGCUCUCAAAAUGUCAUGACACCAAUUCCCAAUUAGAAAAAAUGGCUACGGCUUUAAACGACGCGAGUGUUAGACUACAGAAUGUUAAUAAUCAGUUUAUGGCACUAAGCAGUAGUCAAUUCAUUGAAAGCCGAGUUUACGAUGAUGAUGAUGUGGUCACAACUGACCCAGCUGUCAAGGAGUCCCCGCCCCCCUCCGUGACAGAUGAGCUCUCGUCCUUAAAGCGCGGCGUGUGGGCGCUAGAGGGCGCUCACGAGGCUCUCGCCAUCCUACACGAUAGCGACACCGAUACCGACUCCGCUGAUGAGAUGCCUGCCAGGUUGGUGUUGAAACCUCGCGACAUGUACGCGGACCGCCCGCUCCCCUACAUCAUCGGAUCUCAACCUUGGAAGAACAAGUGGCAUGCAGGUCUGCUACUUGAAGACAGUGACAGCGACAGCAGUACCUCGAAGGUCGCGCCGGACAGCGAGCAGUACUCGCACUCCGAGCGUGAGGACUCGCCCAGCAGGGUGCAUGUCGCUGAUACACAUACUACGAUAUCGGAAGCCAGUUCCGAACUCCCCUCGGAGCCAGGGUCCCUGCCGAAGCCGUCGCCAGCUGAUGUAGCCACAGAGAUAGCUAGGAGACUCGGCGGGAAAGAACCCGCUAAGGUCGACCAGGAACCAGUUUACGAAGAACCAGCCAAGCCAACAAUUAAAAAGUUAUACAGACCACAAGAUCCCGUCGUCAGCACAGUAUUCCCCGAAUCCCCCCCACCGCUGUCCCGCUCCGCCAGCGGGGACAGUACAUCAUCAGACAUCUUCGCGGACCUCCACCGCCCGGCGUACUCCAAGCCCCAGGACAACGACCUGUUCCACUUCCGCGAUGAUGAACCUGAUGAUGAAGGGGAUAUCUUCAGCGAUUUUGCCAAGCCAUCAUCGGAUCAAGUGAAGCCCACGUCUUUGUUCGACGCUGGGCCCACGCCCAACAUGUUUAAGAGUGAGCGACAACCUGAAGCUGCCAACCAGAACACUGAGACACAAGCAGAGAAAGGUGUCAAGAAGCCAGUUGGUGGCAUCUCUCUGUUCGGCAAAAACGAUACGGAAUCCAUUGGAGCCGCCAUUUUGAAACGUAAUCAACGUAAACCCUCCACUUCCGGUGAGGAAAGCGGAAGUGACUUCAAAACUGAAGGGACACAGCCUAGUGAAAAAAAUAAAACCGAAAAAGAUAUAUUUGAUGAUCUUUUCGCUAGAUCUGAACCUAAAAAGAUAGCGAAAGAUAAAAUUAAUAUUGUUAAAGAUGUACAGAAAGAGAUUGUUAAGAAAAAUGAAAUGAAAAAAGUUAAAAAUGAUAAUGUUGGAAAGGAAAAGAUAGAUUUGUUUAAUGAUAAUCUUUUUGAUGAUAUAGAUGAUAUAUUUACUACGAAUGUCGUUAAAAUGCCCACGAAUAACACAAAAAGUAUUUUUGAUGAUGAUGAUGACUUAUUUGCCGAAAUUGCUGCGCCGAAAGUGAUUAAAAAUGAAGCGUCUAGCAGCAAUAAGAAGAGAGAAGCCCUAUUUGAUAGCGAAGAUGAAUUAUUUUCUGAGAAUGUUAGCAAAAAUGUUGAAAAACCUGUUAAAACUGAAAAAUCUAUUGUAAAAGAAAAUUCGAAACUUAGAGAACCGAAUAAUAGUCUUUUUGAUGAAAACGAUGAUUUAUUUAAUGAUGUAAAAUCAACGAAUCAAUUAAGAGAUACUAAAAUAAUGACAAUACAUGAUACUAAAGUUGUAAAUACAGAAUAUGAAAUUAAAAAGGAUAAAGCGACAACUUUCAAAAGCACAUCACUAUUCGGUGAUGAUGAUGAAGAUGAUGAUCAUAUCUUCAGUGAAACUAAAGUCAAAAGUACUGUUAAAAUCCAUGAUGAUGAAAAUAAAAAAUCUAAUAGUGAUGAAGUUAAAAACAAAAUUGAUAACAAAAUUAAUAAUAAUACAAUAAAUGAAUCAGUAACUAAAAAUCCAAAUUUAGUAGAAAAUUUAGUUAAUAAUACAAAUCUACCAAAAACUACCGAAGAAAGUCCGUUUAAAAUAUCUGGUCUCUUAAAUAAAAUGAUGGAAGCCAGUUCUUCAGAUGAUGACUUGAGUGAUGAAAAUUUCGGUGAUCAAUCCGAAUCACCGAAAGAUGAUAAAAUUCAGAAUAUCAACCAGCAAAGUAUAUUUGAUAACGAUCUAGACAUAGACAUGUUUAAAGAAAGAAACAACGUUGAAAAAGGUAAAGAUAUGUCUGAAAAUCUAAAAGGAGAAAAGAUAGUUAAAGAUCCUUAUAAAAAUGCGAUUGAAAGUGCAGCUAAAGAUAAUGUAAAAGAUGCAACAAAAGACAAUUUAAAAGAUAUAAAAACUACUACACCAAAAGACAUUUUGAAAGAUACAAAAGCGACUACAGCUAAAGAUGAUAUUAUAAAUGCUACAGAAAAUCUAGGUAAAGAUAAUAUAAGAGAUAUGAAAGCAAAUACAGCAACGGAAGCUUUAAAAAAUAUUACAGAAAAAGAUCUUUUAAAAGAUACAACAUCGAGUGUAGAAGAUAUAAAAGGAACUACAGAAAAAGAUAAUUUGAAAGGCGAAAAAGAAAUCAACGAUACAAAGGAAAAUCUUGAUGAUUUUACUUUUAAUGAUAUUUUGAAUAUUGCCCAAAAAGAUAUAAAAGAUUCAGAACCCAUAGAAGAUGGUAUUUUCAAAAAGCCAAAAACCCAAACUGGAAAUAAUGAAAUUAUACCAACAAGUGUUACAGCAAAUAUAUUUUCGGAAAUCUUAAGCGAACCACCGAUUUUUGAAAAACCGAAGGAACCCAAAAAAAGCAAAAACGUCAACGCACUAUUCGAUGAUGACUCUGAUGAUGAAAGCCUUUUCUUCAAGAAAGAUGAUGUGAUAUCUGAUGAGAAGCCGCCCGACUUCAAACCGGCACAGGAUCGACUUUUUGGCAUCUUCACUGAUGAACCACCGGAUGAUGACUUUAAAGCCGGUCAUUUAGAUGAUGAUAUAUUCAGUACGCUACCUAAACCGAAAAUACCGCAACAAAAUCUACCAAAUUCUACCACGGUUAAAAAUGUCGAAACUACCAUACCGAAUAAUAAUUUCAAUAUCGGUGAUGUAUUAUUGAAUCUACCAGAAACUACCAUUGAACCGCCAAAGCUACCAAUUUCUACCAGUGAAGUACCAGAAAAUAAAAUACCUAUUCAUGAAAAACUAGACUCGACAAUAGAAAAUCUAGGCACAGUCUUACUAGAUACAGAUGAAAAAAUAGAUUCCGUUUCAGAAGCUAAUCUUUUUGAAUCCAAAAAAGAUAAAAUACCUUUUCAAAAAGGAAAUCCAGUUGAAGACAUGAUUAAAGAUACAGAUGAUAUAUUUCAAGACAAAUCUAAAAUUAUAGUCAAAAAAGAACUAAAGCCGGAAGAUCUGAAAUCUGAAGAGAAAGAUCUGACUGAAAAAUCUGAACCUAAAAAAGUAGGCAAACUGAAAGUAGGUCUAAAUAUUAAUGUGAAUGCAUUACUGCCUGGAGCUUCACCUAAAAAGACUAAAAUCAACGAUCAAACUGAUGGCCAGGCCCAAAGUCAGACCCAAAAUCUAGACAAGAAGGUAGAAAAACAAGAUCUAGAUUUGCCUAGAUCUGUCAGCUUUGAUGGAAAUCCAGAUUCCGAAGUGUUAGAUAAUAAACUGUCUAAAGAAAGACCUAGAAUCCAGGUCAAACGGCGACCAUCGACAAGAAGAGCUAGGAAAGAAGCUGUCAGAAAAUCUGGAAUAGACUUUGGAGAUGAUUCCACUGACAACUCAAGUUCCAUAGAUGAUGCACCCAAACAUACUAAAAAUCAGCCCGAAAUUCCAAAAAGUGAAAAUCUUGAUCAAAUUGAUGGGAAAAAUUCCGAAUCUAGCAAUCAAAUUGAAGAUUUAGAUAACAAGCCUAUCCAGACUGAAACACAGGCUGAAAUACAGGUUGAAACGCCUAAACAGGAUGAAAUAAAACCAACUUAUUCUAGAGAUAUCAAAUCCAAAGUUGUUUACAUCUUAAACGACGAAGACAUAUUUGAUAGUCCAGUUGAAAAAUCAGACCCAAAUCCAGACAAAUCUGAAAAUAUAAACUCAAACGUAGAUCUAAAUCCAGGCGUAAGCACUCUAGGACAAGUUUACGAUAAAACUGAUAAAACAGAACCGAAAUCAUCACUUUUUGACGACGACGAUGAUGAUGAUGAAAUGUUUAAAGGAAAAACGGUGAAGAAACAAACUAUCUUUGAUUCCGAUAGUGAUGAAGAAUUAUUUGGAAGUAAAAAGGAAAAGGUAAAAGUAAAAGAAGUUAAAAAAGAUAUAAAAGUCAAAGGAAAUCUGUUUGGUGAUGAAGAUGAUGAUGAUGAUGACUUGUUUGGUGUUAAGACGAAGAAAGUUGUUGAAAUUAAACCCCAAUCGUCGCGGUCGACAGUGAAAGAGACCCCUAAAUCAAGUGCCCCCGUAUUCGAGGACCCACUAUCCAUGUUUGGGGACGACGACUAGUACCAUACUGGCACUAGGUGGCACUUUAUGGCACUGGAUGUAAGUGGCUAGUGAGAAAGGAACGAUCAGGUCAAAUUUUAUCAGGUUACCGAGACAGGCAAACAUGUUUGACCCAAACAUAAAAUCUUUGUAAAAAAACGUCUGAGGUUUAUUCGAAGCUACUCCGAGCUGUCAAACCAGUGCAAACAAGGUCGAUUAUUAAAAUAGCGAUAAGGUUGACAUUAGUAGCUUAUAUUACAUUUUUGCUAGCGAAAAUCGACCUUAUGAGACUAUGACGUUCAAAUGACUUUCAAUCUUAGGUGGUAAUCCACUUACUUGGGUGACCGUAAUCUUCAACAAAUAUUUAUAAACGCAUCUAUAAAACUAUUUUAAGUCAAACCCAAAAGAUACGUGUUUGUCGUCAAACCUGUUUGACUGUCUCGGGGCCCUUUAGAUAUUUAUAAAACGCUUUAGAUUUAAAAAGCAGUUUAAAUGAUAGUUUUAUUGGAUUGUGGCUAGCUUUGUAUAUUUUUGUGGGCAAUUAUAACAUGAUCUUCAAUUUGCUCAAAAGAUAAGUGUUAUUUAAUUAUUUCUCACAAGAUUAUGAGGCGAAUGCUAGACUUGCAACAUGUGUUAUGAAACAUCGGCUUGCAUGGCAGGCGUAGUCGAUCGUCUAGGGGCCACUAACCAAGUGUUGCCAUAACGUCUGGUUAAAAAUAAUUGGUUUAACAGGUUUACUAUUUGUUUUUCAACUAAAUACGCGUUAUACACAUUGUUUUUACUUAAAAUAGAUGAGUUUAAUACUAAAUUAGCAAUUUUUUUAAAAGUUACCAAAGCUUUAAUCUCAACGCUAUCAAACGCAUUGAUUGUGUAAAAACAUGAUUGUUGGAUUACCAAUUUAAAAGGUUUGGGUUCGAAUCCAGCCUCAAAAUCUUUACCAAUUCAUGUGUGUAUUACAAAGUAAUUAUCACUUGCUAAAAACGUUGAAGGAAAACAUCGCGAGGCGCGACACA